AUGGCCUUCAAGAACAUCCGUCAACUCCACCGCAACAAUGUCCAGACCCUCCGGAACUCGCCGGUGGCAGAAAUAUCCGGCGCGCUGGGAGACCUGGGCACUCUCCUGCCGCUGAUGAUAGCCCUUGCCCUCCAGGGCUCGAUUUCGCUCUCCACAACCCUGGUCUUGACCGGCUUCUUCAACAUCGCCACAGUUAACCCGAGCAUGCACGCGCAGGCAAUCGCCGCCGCGGCAAUAGCCUCAGGCUCCUCCCUGCCUGAGACCGUCGCGGCCGGCGCCUGGGUCAGCAUCGCGGUGCUGCUCCUCAGCGCGACGGGCCUCAUCGGCUGGCUGACGCGCCACAUCCCCGUGCCGGUCGUCAAGGGGAUCCAGAUGGGCGCCGGCCUGACCCUCGUCGUCUCGGCGGGGACCUCGCUGCUCCGGCCCCUCGGCUGGGCCGCCCCGCCGCUCGACAACCGGCUCUGGGCCCUCGCCGCCUUCCUGGGCCUGGUCGCCACCCAGCGCCGACCCCGCUUCACCUACGCCCUGCUCGUCACCCUCGUCGCUGUCGCAUCCGCCGUCGCCGCCGUCGCCGCCUCCCGGCCAGGGGGUCUGCCCGCCCUGACCCCCUGGCACCCGAGCGCCUACCUGCCGGCCUUCCUCUCCCCCGACGCCGCAGGCAUGGCCGUCGCGCAGCUCCCGCUGACGGCCCUCAACAGCGUCGUGGCGGCGGCGGCGCUGGCGGCCGAGCUCUUCCCGUCGCUCCCCGGCGGGGCCACCCCGCCGUCGGCGACGGCGCUGGGCAUCUCGGUGGCGGCCAUGAACCUGCUGGGCUGCUGGCUGGGCGCCAUGCCCGUGUGCCACGGCGCCGGGGGGCUGGCGGCGCAGCACCGCUUCGGGGCGCGCAGCGGCGCCAGCGUCGUCAUGCUCGGCGCCGCCAAGGUCGUGCUCGGCCUCGCGUUUGGCGAGUCGCUGGCCGGCCUGCUGGGCGCGUUCCCGCGCGCGCUGCUUGGCGUCCUCGUGCUCGCCUCUGGGCUGGAGCUGGCGUGUGUCGGUGCGGGGCUGAAUUACGGCGCUGCGGACCUGUGGGAGACGAGCGCCGCGGGGGCCGAGCUGGGUGGUGGCAGUGGCGGAGGGCUGGCUGGGCUGGUUAGGAAGCACAGGGAGCUUUCCGAUCAGGAGAGGACGGAGAGGUGGACUGUGAUGUUGAUGACUACUGCCGGGAUGCUGGCUUUCAAGAACACUGCCGUCGGCUUUGUGGCGGGGAUGAUCUGCCACUGGGCCUAUUGGCUUGCGGACUUGGUUGAGAUGAGAAGGGCUGGGAAUCGCUUGCAUGGCGAGAGUCGCCCUUUGCUACAUUGACGAAUUAUUUGACUGUUGAGCUACCUAGGUAGUGGCUAACAUAUGUUACAUUUGACGAGUUAAAGUACUUACGUCGCAGCUCUCCUCCCAU